AGAACGCCUCAACAGCUCAUCGACCUCGCGUCGGUUCGAGGCCUACAAAUAUCCGACGGGUUAAGCCCCGCGGGUUUAACCAGACCUAGGUUAACAAAUCACCUGCGCGGCGUCGGCGGCGAUAUCAUCGGCAAGACGGCGGGGGUGCGCGCCAAUCUCCGGCUUCGUGACUGCCUGAUUCCUGGAAUCAAGCGCAUCGCGGAGAACAUGAGCAAGGCUUCUCAGCGUGGAUAUCAUGCCCGGAGCAAUGAGCCCUGGACUCGCCUUUCCCAUAGAGAGAGGAAACCGGGAUGGUUUGCGUAUAAUCCAAGGACCAUGAGGCCUCCACCACUUAGCAGUGAUACCAAUUUUAUGAAGAUUCUGUCCUGGAAUGUUAAUGGACUGCAAACUGCUGUAGAGCUAGGAUUUUCUGCUGAUCAACUGGCUAGUAGGGAGAACUUUGACGUUCUAUGUCUUCAGGAGACACACUUGCAGGAGCACAAUGUCAACGUCUUUAAGAAUCUGAUACAAAUACAAGACUUUGAUAACAGCUAUUGGUCAUGCAGUGUCACAAAGCUUAAUUACUCAGGAACUGCAGUGAUUUCACGGGUAAAACCAAUCUCUGUCCAAUAUGGACUUGGCAUACCAGACCAUGAUCAUGAAGGCAGGGUUAUUACUUUGGAGUUUGAUGAUUUUUACUUGGUCAAUGCUUACGUGCCAAAUUCUGGCCGUGGUUUACAGAGAUUGAAUUACAGGGUUAAUGAUUGGGAUUUAUGCUUCAGUGACUUUAUAAAGAAACUGGAAUGUUCCAAACCAGUAAUUGUUGCUGGUGAUCUCAACUGUGCUCGCCAAAGUAUUGACAUUCACAAUCCUCAAGCAAAAACUGAGGCUGCAGGUUUCACAAUUGAAGAGAGGGAGUCAUUUGAGGAGAACUUUUCUAGCAAAGGCCUUAUUGAUACUUUCCGGAAACAACACCCAAAUGCUGUGGCCUACACCUUCUGGGGUGAAAACCAGCGCAUUAGCAACAAAGGCUGGAGAUUGGAUUACUUUCUUGCGUCAGAAUCUAUUGCUGACAAGGUCCAUGAUUCGUACAUUUUACCAGAUGUAUCGUUCAGCGAUCAUAGUCCAAUUGGCCUUGUGCUGAAGCUGUAGGCACCAACGCGGCGACGCGUCUCUCAACUGAAGACUAAAUAACAUAGCGUCGUCCUCGAUAGAAGACUUGUACAAAAUUUGCUUGUGCAGGCUGGAAACUAGUCGGCGCCAGGUGGUGAUACUUUGCACGGUCACCUGGGGAGGUAGUAGGUUCACUUCAUGUUCGUGAAAUUGGAUGUCUACAUACGUAGAGCGAUUUGCCCAUCUUUUUGAGAUGCCUCGUGAAUGCAUUCCACCAAAACCAAAUGGCGUUUACGUGUCUGCAGCUUCAUUACUUCAUGAAUUUACAUUGAUAUA